UCAUUAAACUUCUACGGAGAAAAUUGACCUCGUCCUCAUCCACUAAUACAGAAAUUUCCCGUCGGAGAACGGGGAUUAAAUGAGACAAGGGGGAUGCGGAAGCAGGAGGAGGAGGGCGGGCGGUGUAGAGGAGGAGGCGGAGCGCGCCACAGAUUGAGCUUUCCGUGUUCCUCGUCGUCUUCUUGCGUCUCUUCUUCGUCGUCCUCUUCGUCCUCUUCCCUGAGGUUACAUUCGGCUUUGGACAUUCACCACGUUCCCUAGCAAGAGAGAGUAUUAGACUCACCCAUUUCUUCUUCUGUCGUAGACAUAAGACCUUCUCAUGGCCAGAGACUUGUCUCAUCCACCUGUAACUAGACGAAAAUUUCUGCCGUACAAGUUCCUGAUACCUUUUGUUCUGGUUCUUUCCGUGUCCGUUAUUGCUGUCACCCAGUAUUUCCAAAGUAUCUCCUACCUUCUGCGGCCUCUGUGGGACAAACCACCAACACCAUUCACCCGCAUACCGCACUACUAUGCCCCCAACAUCUCCAUGCCACGGCUGUGCCAGCUCCAUGGUUGGGGCAUCCUUCCUACCCCUCGUCGUGUCUUUGAUGCCAUCCUCUUCAGUAAUGAACUUGAUAUUCUGAAAAUCCGCUACCAUGAGCUCCUUCCAUAUGUUGACAGGUUUGUCAUCCUUGAGGCCAAUGCCACCUUCACCGGCAUGCCAAAGUCACUCUCUUUCUUUGAAAACUUCAACCAUUUUGCAUUUGCUGGAUUCAAGAUUGUCUACGACAGGCUUUCUAUUGGAGAUCUGGGUCCUGAUUCUAACAGGCAGCCCUUCCACGUAGAGGCGUAUCACCGUCGUGCGCUUAAUAUGCUGAUACGAAGAUCAGGCAUUGCUGUGGGGGAUGUCUUGAUCAUGGCUGAUGCCGAUGAGAUCCCUAGCCCCGAAACCGUUCAGCUGCUCAAGUGGUGUGACGGAAUACCACCAGUCAUGCAUCUUGAGCUGAAGAACUAUAUAUACUCCUUUGAAUUUCCUGUGGAUUACAACAGCUGGAGGGCGACAGCGCAUCUGUUCACCGAGCGCACACUGUAUCGCCACUCCCGUCAGAGCAAUCUAAUCCUGGCUGAUGCUGGCUGGCAUUGCAGCUUCUGCUUCAGGGGCAUCAAGGAGUUUGCUUUCAAGAUGAAGGCAUACAGCCACGCAGACCGGGUGAAACAGCAAAGCUUCCUAAAUCCAGACAGAAUCCAGAAGAUCAUAUGCAAUGGUGAGGACCUCUUUGACAUGCUACCUGAAGAGUACACAUUCAGGGACCUCUUCAAGAAAAUGGGGCCGAUACCGAAGUCUGCAUCUGCUGUGCACCUGCCUUCCUAUUUGAUCAAGAACGCAGACAAGUUCAAGUUCUUACUUCCUGGCGGAUGCUUGAGAUCAGAGUAGAUCAGAGAUGUAGCUUCGUUAGUCAAACAGUAUUUCUUUUAGCUGCAAUACUGUUGUUUAUGCGAAAAAUGGUUUUUCCUCAUUUGACUUGAAAUAGUAUUAGUUUUAGAUAGAGUGGUAGAAACUUUUUUGGUGUGUGUAUGAGAAACUAUGGGAAUUUCGACCAUGUAUUGUAGUGAUGGGCUGUUCAACCCCCGAGUUUACAGCAAGCAAUAUACAGGUAAAAGGCGAUAGAAACCACCGCCUUUUGGGUUCA